UAUUUUCAGACGACCGUAUUAUACUUCCUGGUUUCUUCCUGCUUUGCUCAGGCCACGUGUGCUCCCUAAAACCCCAGAUGCGCACAUGGCUUUUAUAGAUGCUUUAAAGAGAGCUGAUAAAAUACCUUCAAACUUGUACUCCACAUACAUGCAAGCCUGUCGUGCUAUGAAAGAGAAAAUGUUACAAGAUGAAUCAAAAGUAGAGACCAGCCAUUCCAAAGAGCCUGCUGAGCAGCUGAAAGCUGAACUGGCUGAACUAAGGACGCUGAUUGUGGACCAGGCUAAACAUGAAGAUGUGCCAGCACAGAUUGCGGUGAUUUCUGACAGACUGGCAAGCGUCUUGGGUCACAGCAGUGAUAAGAAUGAAGCUGCUACUUUGAAUUCCCCAAUCCAAGUUGACGUUUCUGCCCCCAGGCUGGAACCCAGCCAUCAGAGUGUUGUUGAUCUUCUGCUGACAUCAUUCUGCCAAAACCUAAUAGCUGCUUCCUAUUUUAACCCUCCUGACAGGCAGGGACCAUGUCUUUCCUUGUUUGUGAAGAUGAUGUGUGGACACAGGAGCCUCUUACCUGCGCUUCUGGCCAGGCUCUGCCAGCUUAUUUAUCAUCAGGGUCCUUCCCUGAAUGAUGCUCACGUUUUAGGACUAGCAGCUUUUGUGAUCCACUUAAGUGAAUCCAGAGCUUUAAUUCCUGAAGUGGAAGCCAAUUUUGGGACUUCUCAACCUGUUCCUGAAAAGAUCCUUUCCGUUUCUGAGUACUGGAACUUCUUGCUAGUGUGCAGGACAGAAGAGUCGUUUGCCUUCUGCAUGAGGUUUUGCACUGCAGCAGCAUCUUAUCUUAUGUGCAAGUUUUCAUCCUACUCUCGUGAAGAUUUGUGUGCCUUGCUUCCUCCUAGCCUUGUUAAAAAGCUGCAGUACAUCUUGCCACGGCUGAGCUUGGAAGCUCGGGGAAUCCUGUGCGAGGAGGCUAAAAGUGACCUAGUCUGGAGUUCCCUGUCAUGCCCCUCUCUGAACUACAAAAGAGCCAGCCUCUGUUUAUGGAAGCAAGCACGCUUUCAAGAGCUCUUGAAAGAAAAAGCAUUCCAGUUGUCUUUCAGAGAGUGGCUGCUGUUGGAGCUGGAAGUGUACCCUGAAAAGGAUAUUCUCUCUGCUUCAGAAAGACAUGAUUUCCAUUAUUGGGCCAUCUAUCAGUGGUAUCUUCCUGCACCUUCUGCUGCUGGUGGCUGUGAUGGAGAGCUGGAGAAGGCAUGUGGCGUUAUUAUCAAUACCAUUCUGGAUUUCUCACAAAGGUUGGACCUGGCUAGCUGUGGCAAAAGGAAAACAUCAGUCAAUCCUGAUAUUCUGUGCAAGCUGCAGGAGAUGGUACUGGAGCUGGGGUGUAGGCGAAAGUUGUUUUCUGGCUACUUGGAUGCCCAGAAACACUUCCUAUUUGAGAUUCUCCAGGAAAGACUGAAAGACAGAAAACAUGGGUCUGCGCUGGGUGAGCAGUUAUGGAGGCAGCAGGAGCUGCUGCUGCACAGAAGGAUUCUGGUAGGGCUCCCUGCAUCCACUCUGAUCAUGACACGUCGAAAAGGAAAGAAAACAGUACUGGACUGUGAAGACUUCUUUUGUUUUGUAAACUCGGAGCUGAAGAACGUCUGUUCCAGAGGAUAUGCGCUCUCCUACGACAUCACCGCUCACUUCUUCAGGGGCCUGCUUAGUGCCAGCUUGGACUGUGAAGAACCGGCGGAAGAGGUCAAUGCUGUUCUAACAGCAUGUCAAACCAAAUGUCCCAUCGUGCUUUUCUCCGCAGUGCUUUGGUGGCUGAGGCUGGAGCCAGUCCUUUGCUCUCAGUGGAAGAGACUCUUUGGGGCUCCACUUGCAGAAGAACUGGAAAGACUGAGGGAAUGGCAGUCCUCUGCUACCAGCUUCCUUUCUUCAGGAGUGGUUUUCCCUCUCUCUGGCCCUCCUUGGGUUUUGGCUGCCUUCCUCCAUUGUACUGUUCAACAGCAGUCACGACAUGGACAAGAGAGAAAUGCACUGAAGAGGCUGGAGACUGACACAGAGCAGCUUCUUGUUUCUCUGCUGUUCUUCUCACUCAUGGAUCUCAUCUCAGCAAAAAUAGCACCAAAGGACGGAGUGGAUUUUCAGAUGUCUCUGGAAUGGUCGCUGGAGAUCUUGCAGUGCCUGGAAGAGAAGGGCAUGUCCUGGCCACUUCUUUUCCUUUCGGCAGAGAAAGACCCUGGAAAAUACAGCAUCCUGCGCAGCGCAGCCUCGGACCGUCACAUCCGGCUCUUGCCUGUUGCGUUCUACAGCCUCACCCCUUGCUUUCACCAAGAGCUGCUCACUCGCGAGCAGGCCUUUCUCUGCGUGGCGCUCGAUUUGUACAUUCGGCUGUGGAAGGGCAAGAACUGCCACUGUCGGAUCAAACUGGGCAAAACCCAGACCGCACAGAACAUCAUCCCUCUUGUUCCCACCUUCCCGCACAAAGCAGAGGGGGAUCCCUUGGACGUGAUCUCCACGGCCCGGCGGUUCCUGCUUGGUGCGAUUCCACGAUGCCCUGCCCAAAGCUUUGGAAACAUACAACCGCUACUGGCCGCAUGUGAAGAACUUGACCCAGAGCUGGGAGCCACCCUCCUGCACUUCUCAAGGCCUGCUGCGGCCACGGAGCUAGACGAGGAGCUGGUCCUGUUCUGA